AUGAGUAGCGGUGGCGAAAAUGAUCACUUUUAUAGUUUUGAUGAAAGUGAUUCCAGUUCUAUUGAACUUUAUGAAUCCCACAAUACAUCUGAGUUUACCAUACAUGGACUAGUUUUCCCGAAGUUAAUGAGUGUAACAAGCCAAGAGUCAGAAUUUGACAUCAAUGAAGAUGAAGAUGGAGUCGAUACCAUAUACGAGGGGAUGCUAGAUGCUCCUCUUACGAAAAGCAACAAAAGAAUAUUGUGUGAAGGAAGCGUACCGAAUCUCAACUAUGAGUGCUUAACGACCAAGGGUAUAUUUGAAAGAAUGCUUCAAAGAGUUGACCAUUUACAACCCAUUUUUGCAAUUCCAUCUGCAGAUAUAUUGAUAUUAUUACAACAUUAUGAUUGGAACGAGGAACGUUUAUUAGAGGUUUGGACCGAAAAAAUGGACAACUUGCUUGUAGAGCUUGGCUUAAGUACCACGGCGAAUAUCAAGAAAGAUAAUGAGUACAAUUCACACUUCAGAGAAGUUGAGUUCAAAAAUGACUUUACAUGUAUUAUUUGUUGCGAUAAAAAGGAUACGGAAACAUUUGCAUUGGAAUGCGGCCAUGAAUAUUGUAUCAAUUGCUACCGUCAUUACAUCAAGGAUAAGUUGCAUGAGGGGAAUAUCAUUACAUGCAUGGACUGUUCCUUAGCAUUGAAAAAUGAAGAUAUAGAUAAAGUGAUGGGACAUCCUUCGAGUAGUAAAUUGAUGGAUUCUUCUAUCAAAAGUUUUGUUCAAAAACAUAAUCGCAAUUAUAAAUGGUGCCCAUUUGCAGACUGUAAAUCCAUCGUGCACUUACGAGAUACGUCUUCGUUGCCAGAGUACACCCGUUUGCAUUAUUCACCCUUCGUUAAGUGCAAUUCGUUUCACAGAUUCUGUUUCAAUUGCGGAUUCGAAGUUCAUUCCCCAGCAGAUUGUAAAAUAACGACUGCUUGGGUUAAGAAGGCCAGAAAAGAAUCCGAAAUUUUGAAUUGGGUUUUAUCCCAUACUAAGGAAUGUCCAAAAUGUUCUGUCAAUAUUGAAAAAAAUGGUGGUUGUAACCACAUGGUUUGCUCAAGUUGUAAAUAUGAAUUCUGUUGGAUUUGUGAGGGUCCCUGGGCACCCCAUGGUAAAAACUUUUUUCAAUGUACAAUGUACAAGAAUGGUGAUGAUAGCAAAAGUAAGAACCCUGAAGACGCUAAUAAAACUUUGAAGAAAUAUACAUUUUACUAUAGAUUAUUUAACGAACAUGAGGUUUCAGCCAAACUGGAUUGGAACCUGGGGCAAACAGUGGGUACAAAAGUUCAUGCAUUACAAGAAAGAAUGGGCAUUUCAUGGAUUGAUGGACAGUUUCUGUCAGAAAGUUUAAAAGUGCUAAAUGAGGGGCGAACCGUCUUGAAGUGGUCAUUUGCCGUGGCAUUUUAUUCGGAUGCAUCUCACAAUUUGACGAAGAUUUUCGUCGAUAAUCAAAUGCUUUUAGCUAACGCAGUGGAAUCUUUAUCAGAGCUAUUGCAAAUAAAAAACCCGGAAGUAAUCAUGAAAAGAAGGCCGGAGUUUUAUAAUAAGGCCGGAUACGUGGAAAACAGAACCACUGCGUUAAUGGAGUGUGGUAGAGAACUACUAUGCAAGGGGAUUUGCAAAGUCGUAGAAUGA